UUCCUGUCAGUCUCCAUGCCCACACAUUGAUUGCUCUGAGAUAGCUGAUGAGGAGCAAUAGCUGCUGGAUUUAGUUCGAAAGUCCAGCAGGUGCAUCCUCACAGUGUGGGUCUGUGCAAACGACGUGUAGGGGAAUCUCAGCAGAUGGCAGUUUUGUUGGUGGGUACCAAAAUAAAGCCUUCCUACAAUCUGGUUUAGGAGUUCAGCUUUCCGUUGGGUAUUUUUAAUUACUCGGAAAUAUCUUCAUAUCAGUAUGGCUCCUUUGUUCUUUCUUUUCAAUUAUGUUAUUUAUGCUUACAUAGAAAUCCCUUUUUGUAUGGAUUAUUAGGAACCAAAGGCACAUCUUUUUGUGCUUCAGGUUUUGGAAAUUGUUUCGUUUUGUCUUGUGGUAAUCUUUAACUAUAGACAUUCAGAGCACGCUACUGUUGUCUUCUCAGUUCUGACUGCAAACAGUACCUGGUGUUGAUGAUACAUUAUGAUUAGACCUGUUGCAUUAAGCAUAAAAAAUGCAUAGGUCUCAUUUUGAAGUGCUUCUGAAAUGCCCCAGUGUGCAAGAACCAAGUUUUAAUCUAACUUCUUAUUUUUUUUACUCAUAAAAUAUAUUACAAUCUGCAUUUGGAGCACAGGCUGUAACCAAUUAUUACUUUAAAAAUAGAGCAUGCAUUUUUGAUAUUUUUUCCACAGCUUUUUAUGAAUUAUUAAAAAGAUGCAGUGCCUAAUUGCUGUAAAUAUGGCGAAAGGUAAAGGUGAUGAUAUAUAAGUCAUGGAUUUCAUGCACAUUAAUGUCACUUUCUGUUCCAACCUUGAUGGUCCUUUUCAGUGUCUAACAAGCAAGUGCAAACUCUUAACCCAUAGCUUCAUUUGGUUCUUUUUUGCAACUGAGUGGUCCAGCAGAGGACGUCUGCCGACACAAAUGCUUCUGGUUCAGUCUGCAUCAUCAGUUACAUUAGGACAUUCAACAACAUAAAAGAGAUAUGUGAAAAUAGUACUGAAAAUGCAACUUUUAAGAAGAGACGUUCAGUUAAAGCACACGAGGACGAGCCUAGAAACCCCUUCUGACAGGAAAUGACCUAGACAUGUACCAACACCAGUUCCUGGAACUUCGUCAAAGACUAUUGCAUGCUGAAAAAGAAAAUAAGAAAAGAUCACGUGAGCUGAGCAGUGCCCUCAAUGAAAUAAAACAUAUAGUUGCAAAAAGAAUUAACUCGACGACCAAUCAUACAGAUGGUAUGAAAGUAUUAAAUGACACCAGAAAACUCCCCGUGCAUCUUACAAACCUGUACUACUACCUACCUCACCUCCAAGAAUAUGAAGAUGCCAUUUUUCCAAAUGUUGUUAUUGGACAGCAGAGAACUGGAGUCUCACUGGUGAUGGGUGUUCCUACUGUGAAAAGGGAAAAACAAAGUUACCUGAUGAGCACGCUUCGUUCCCUAUUGCAUGGACUUUCUGAAAAGCAGAAGAAUGACUGUGUAAUCAUCAUCUUUGUAGCGGAGGUGAAUGCAGAAUAUGUUAACGGUGUUGCAGAAAGUAUUAAAACCGGCUUCCCCAGAGAGGUGCAGUCUGGAGUCCUAGAGAUUAUUUCUCCUCCUGCUUCUUAUUAUCCAGAUCUUUCCAACGUGAAGAAAACAUUUGGGGAUUCGGAGGACAGAGUAAGGUGGAGAACGAAACAGAAUUUGGAUUAUAGCUUUUUAAUGCUGUAUGCUCAACCUAAGGGAACAUUUUAUUUACAGCUGGAGGAUGAUAUUGUAGCCAAACCUGAUUACAUUCGAAGCAUAGAAAACUUUGCUGCUGAACAGUCCCAAGAGUGGAUGGUUCUUGAGUUCUCCCAGCUUGGAUUUAUUGGAAAGUUGUUUAAAUCAGAAGACUUGCCACUUAUAGUAGAGUUUUUUCUGAUGUUCUAUAAAGAUAAGCCCAUAGACUGGCUUCUGGACCACCUGCUGUGGGUCAAAGUGUGCAAUCCAGAAAAGGAUGCAGCACACUGUGAAAAGGAAAAGGCAAAGUUACGUAUCCGUGCUAAGCCAUCUCUCUUCCAGCAUAUGGGAUUUCAUUCAUCACUGUCUGGGAAGAUACAAAAUUUGAAAGAUAAAGACUUUGGCAAAAGUGUGCUACAUAAAGCACAUAAUAAUCCGCCUGCAAAACUGGCUACAAGUCUAAGAAUAUACCAGCAAUAUACCUUGGAAAAUGUUUAUGAAGGAAAAGGCUAUUUUUGGGCUUCAUCUCCAAUGGCUGGGGACUAUAUCAGCUUCACCUUUCUGAAGCCACUAAAAGUAGAAAAAUACUUUUUUAGAAGUGGAAAUAUGGAUUACCCUGGUGAUAUACUAUAUGACACUACUGUGGAAGUGUUGCCAGCUGAUGAAGCUGUAAGGAAAGUACUGGUUGGCAACAGAAGUAAAUUUAACUACACUGCAACCAAAGAUGGAUAUUUAAAGAUAGGGGCUUUUGAAAAUGGAAUUGCAGCAGGCAAUAUCGAUCCAUCAGUAGGAGAAAUACUGGCUAUUCGUUUAUUAGUCCAUUCUGAUUCCCCUGUUUGGGCAAUACUGAGUGAGGUACUUUUCAAGAUGUCUGAAAACUGAGAACUGGAAGAAGUAUACUGUUGACACGUUACUUGUCACAGGCUUGUUUUGAAGACUAAUCUAACAGCAAAAAAAAACCUGAGAGGAUACAUAAAAAUCCAGACCCAAUACUGUGUAUUGGCAGCGUGGAGAUCAUUGUUAAAAACUUGUAAAAAUUAUUAAAUCCUUAUGUAACAAAUAUUAAAAGCUAUGCAAAACCUCAUUAUGUUAGAAACUUCCAUAAAAUGCUGUUAAGCUGUUCUGUACAAAAAUUGUCUCAGUUGGACAGCAUUACAUAUCACUGUAAGCAAUUGACAUUACAGGCAAUCUCAGGGACAAAACAGGACAGUAUAUUUCUAGUUCACUAGAACUAAAUAUAUGAACAUAUGGGGGGAAUAUUAAGGACAUGGUUUGCAACUGCAUUAAGAACACUGGUCAGUUUUGAAGGGAAACUAGAACUGAAGGAAAAACUGUCAGUAUUUCAUGCAAGUACUUACAACAUUUCACCAGAGAAAGGAUUAACUUAGCAAUAUGGAAGUGGGUCUCAAACAUACCACGUUUUAGCCUUAAUGUAGCAAAAGGUAUGUUUAGUUUUAUUAUUUUUUAAUGGAAAUCGCUUAUUAGCUACCAUGUGAAUAACUUGAAAAUCAAAGAGGUAUUGUACAGAGGCUUGUACAACUUUUCUGUGAAUUGUGCAUUGAAUUAACUACAGGAAAUAAUUGGUGUAACACGUGUAACUAUAUUUUUGUAGGAAGAAUAUCUAUAAUUUAAAUAAAAUUUUGUAUCCUGCCAUUUGAUAA